AUGGUCCGCAUUCUGUGUCUUCACGGCCAUGGAACCUCAAGCCAGAUAUUUGAAACCCAGCUUGCUACUCUGUGCAAAAGCCUCCCGGAACAUUACGAGUAUGUAUAUGCGGAUGGGGAAAUUGAAUGUGACAGGGCACCAGGUAAGAGUAGAUAUUACAACGCUUACGUUCCUGACAUUGAUAGUCGCAAAAUAGCCAUUCCGCAGACAAUCCCAGGCCCAUUCCUAUGCUACUUCAACGGCUGCUCGUGCGGUGAGCUACAGGAAGCGCACGAUCUCCUAGACGCAAUAAUCGACGAGGAAGGGCCCUUCGAUGGCGUCUUUGCCUUUUCACAGGGCGCAGCUCUGACAAUGUCUUAUCUUUUGGAAUUGGAACGUCAAAAUCCUCGUUCAGAUCCACCAUUUAAAUUUGCUGUUCUCUUCUCGCCAACGGUUGCUUUGUGUCCAGACCCUGGUUACUGUUCUGAAGAGAUGGAAAGCCUCAACAAACUCGAUUACGACUACUUAACUUCAGUUUUGAAACAAGCAGUAGAGGAGCAAGACGCAGCAGUUACUGUCAGCCAUCAAAACAAACACUCGGACUAUUUAACUCCGGAUCUGUGGCAACAUCAGAAACCUGACUUUGAAUUGCGAAAGCGGAUUCUUGUUUCAAGUAUUGGUGGCAUUAUUCGAGCUGGCUUGAAGACGAGUUUCUUAAGCGCUUCGUCGUUACAGGGAUAUAUUGCGUUACAUGACAAUAGAGUUAUCCCACGAGUCUUUCAUCCGGCUCUGAUGAGCGAGCGUAUCCGUAUUCCGGUAGUGCAGGCGACGGGAUUGAAAGACGACAAGGACUUGCAAGCUCAAUUCAAGAUUAUGCCUUUGCUCUGUAAGGAGUCCAUGACUCGCAGAGUUUUACAUAAUGGGGGACACGACCUGCCACGAGCCCCUGGUGAUAUCAGGGAAAUUGUCAAAGCCAUCGAAUGGGUUAUUGCAGAGGGUGAUAUGCCAACUUUUUGA